GCGAAGUGGCAGACUGUGAUGCAGGUCGAGUGCAGUGCAGCGGCGGUGGGCUUCCCGUGAGCGGCGGCGGCGGAGGGGGACUGAUAACAACAGCCAGAGCGAAUAAAAGCGUCUCUAAUCUGCUUUAAAGGUGUCAGAAAACAGAUCGAGGCUACAGGCUCGUCUGGCAGCACGUUCUCGCUGAUGGAGGCAGAAAACGGUGCUUCAUUCAUCGGCUACUGGCUGAUCCAGCGCUGCUCUUAUUUUCUAUAGGAAAAACAAAAACACGGGCGCGCGCGGCUGGAGCAGCUGCAAUCGACCUGCACGAGCAUGAAUCCAGCGGAGCAGACGGUGACAUGGCUCAUCACGCUCGGGGUCUUGGAGUCGCCCAAAAAGACGGUGUCGGACCCCGAAGGCUUUCUGCAGAGCGCGCUGAAGGACGGGGUGGUGCUGUGCCGGCUGCUGGAGCGCCUGCGCCCGGGCUCCACAGAGAAGGUUUUCCACGACCCCAAGAACGACAGCGAGUGUCUGAACAACAUAAAGGAGUUUCUGAAGGGCUGCGCUGCGUUCCGGGUGGAGCCCUUUGAGCCUAGUGACCUGGUCCAGGGCCAGAACUUCAGCAAAGUCCUCACGACAUUGGUUGCACUAAACAAAGUGACCGCAGAUAUCGGCAUUGGCAGUGACUCUGUAUGCACGCGCCACUCCUCCGCCCACCGCAUCAAGUCCUUCGAAUCUCUGGUCUCCCAGACCUCGCUGGGCCGAUCAUCCAAAUUGCUCCAUAACCAGUUCCGAAGCCUGGUGGGUAGCAGAAGUCACGAUAAAGCUUUGGUAUCUUUAUCAACAGAACUGCAUCUUAAAGCAUCUGUACACUUUGGGGUAAAGGAUAUGACAGAAAACAGUAACGCCCAGUUGGUGGUGAAAGCUCGCUUCAACUUCCAGCAGACCAAUGAGGAUGAGCUCUCCUUCAACAAGGGUGACAUCAUCAACGUCACCCGCACAGAGGAGGGGGGAUGGUGGGAGGGCAGCAUUAAUGGAAAGACAGGAUGGUUUCCAAGCAACUACGUCAGAGAGGUCAAAGGUUCUGACAAACAAGUCUCCCCCAAAUCUGGAACUCUUAAAAGUCCCCCUAAAGGCUUUGAUACAACUGCUCUUAGCAAAACGUAUUACAACCUGGUGCUGCAGAACAUUCUAGAGACAGAAACAGAAUACUCAAAGGAUCUUCAGAGUCUUCUUUCAAACUACCUGAGACCACUUCAGAACACAGAAAAGCUUAGCUCUGCAGAUGCCAGUGUCAUUUUGGGGAACUUGGAGGAAAUCAGCACCUUCCAACAAACCCUUGUUCAGUCACUGGAAGACUGCACCAAACUUCCAGAGCUGCAACAGAAGGUGGGGGGCUUCUUUUUAAACCUCAUGCCCAAAAUGCGAGCCCUGUACCUUGGUUACUGCUCCAACCAUCCAUCAGCUGUCAACAUUUUGACUGAUCACAGUGAGGAGCUUGGAGAGUUUAUGGAGGGCAGAGGGGCAAGUUCUCCAGGCAUCCUUAUUCUGACCACAGGCCUUAGCAAACCUUUCAUGAGACUAGACAAAUACCCUACACUGCUGAAGGAGCUGGAGAGACACAUGGAGGAAGGUCACCCAGAUCGGAUGGAAAUUCAGAAGUGCAUGACUGCCUUCAAGAAUCUCUCUGGACAGUGUCAGGAGGUGCGGAAGCGUAAGGAGCUGGAGCUUCAGAUCCUCACUGAGUCCGUCCGGCUGUGGGAGGGGGAGGACAUUAAGACUCUGGGCUCUGUGCUCUUCAUGAGCCAAGCCAUGGUACAGAACCACGGCUGUGAGGAGAGGAAUGAACGUUAUCUCAUGCUCUUCCCACACGUCCUACUUAUCCUCUCUGCCAGCCCAAGGAUGAGUGGCUUCAUCUACCAGGGCAAGCUACCAUUGAGUUGCAUGACAGUAACGCCAUUAGAGGACUGUGAAAGCUACAAAAAUGCUUUUGAGCUCUCGGGAAGCAUGUUUGAAAGGCUGAAGGUUGUCUGCUUUAACAAGCAGGAUCAGCAGGACUGGCUGGAGCACCUGAACCGACAGACCAAACACACCACCAUGACGGCCCCCAGCAUGAAGCCACUCACAGUGCCCUGCCACACGCUCCCAUCCCACCCGCUUACACCGUCCAGACACGCCGAGAGCCGGGGCCUGACUGUGGCUCCUGCUUACCACACCCUUCCACACCCUUCCUCUCAUGGAGCUCCACACAGCACCAUGAUGUGGGGCCCUCUGGAGCCGCCCAAAACUCAGAAGCCUUGGAGCCUUAGCUGCCUGCGGCCUGCACCCCCACUUAGACCAUCAGCUGCACUUUGUUAUAAAGAGGACCUCAGUAAAAGCCCCAAAAGCAUGAAGAAGCUGCUACCCAAGCGGAAACCUGAGAGGAAGCCAUCUGAUGAAGAGUUUGCAUUAAGGAAAAGUACCGUAGCUUUGGAGGAGGACGCUCAGAUCCUAAAAGUGAUUGAGGCCUACUGUACGAGUGCCAAAACCAGACAGACACUUAACUCAACAUGGCAGGGCACCGACCUGAUGCAUAACCACGUGUUGGAUCAGUCCAGCGUGGACUCUCUGGGCCGCCGCAGCAGCAUCUCGCGGCCCGAAGCUACGUCGGAUCUAUCUGAAGACUCGGACUAUGACAGUAUAUGGACGGCCCAUUCGUACAGAAUGGGCUCAGUUUCCCGUAAGAGCUGCAGCUCCUACAUCUCCCACCAGAACUAAACUCUCCCCCACCCACACUGCUAUUUAGCGUUUAUUUCCUUUUGUUUGUUUUAUUUAUUUAUUUUAUAUUAAUUUAUAUAUUUAUCUAUUUAUAUUUUCUAUUUAUUGUAUUUAUUUAUUUUUGUUUGUUCACAUGCCUGUAUUGAACCUCACUCCUUGCUUAGUUUCUUUUGCCCUUUUUUUGUGCACUUAUCCAAAGCAGUUCCUUGUUGCCUUGACAACUUAAAGCCCUUUUUUGCCUGUGUUUUUAAUGUGUCCCCUCAUGUAAUAGUUGGGGAACAUGCCUUUCUCUCCCUCUAUGCUAACUAGUAUUUCAUCAUGAAGAUUAAAGAAAGUAGUUUGUGGACUUCUGAAGCAACGUCCUCUGGAUCUUGUCCUGCUAGAAACUGUAAGAUCUACAACUCUGUAAAUAUUGUAGUAUUGUCAUUUAUCUGAGAUGUGAAGUAUUACUGAAAAUGGCUUUGUUUACUUAGAACAUGCAUCAGGCACAAGAACUCCGGUUUCAGUGUUUAAAGGAUGCAAGACAAUAGAAGAGUUAAAUGUCAUGGGGAAAGAAAAACUUUGGUUAAAAAAAAGUAGAUCUUGAUUUGUUACAUUAGGCAGUAUUAGUGGAUUAUUCUGUAUCUCUGUCUUAUAUUUAUGUAUUUAUUUUUAGCUUGUACAGAACAUGCAUUCUGAAUUAUUUUGGACAUUUAAAAGCUUGUAUUGUAACAUGUAUGUUCAUAAUAGUGUCUGCAUAUGGUAUGAAUGUCUACCAAGAAAUGUUGAACUUGUAAUGUGGGCUCAUACAUUUCUUUGAAUAAGUUUAAAUCAGGUAUGUGGUUGGUAUUGAAGGCUUCUUUGCUGCUCAUAUGAAGCUCUGUGAAUACCUGUAGUAUUUUAAGUAAAGAAGGAUCUUUUCCUUGUUUAUGUAUGAGGUGUUUACCAGACAAAAGAGAAAUCUGAAAUCUGUCUUAGUACCUGAACAAAAAAGGACUAUAACUCUUCAUGUUGUGUAGUAUUCCUUGUGACCAAGUUCUAUUCUGUGGUUAAACAAAAAAAUAGGCAAGAAAACAUGAAUCAAGUGGACAAACUUACUGCCCUUUUGUCUGUUGUACUGUGCAGGUAUUCAAACUCUCUGUAUAAAUCAGAAGUCAGUGAUGUUUACGUGGUUUGAAAUGAAGAUAUUAUUAAUGUGUUUUAUUCAUAUAUACACAGUCAUAUUAUGACCGCCCUGUGGAAACUCAUUGUUCAUUUUAUCUGCUUUACCUACCAUAUAGGAGCACCUUUGUGAUUUUUUUUUUUUAUUAGUUACAGACUGUGGUCUUUCUGUUGUCUCCUGAAUCAGUAUAUUUUGUGCUGGUAUGUAUGGUUCAGACCCAGCAGUGCUGCUGAAGGUUUUAAACACUGCAUCCACUCACUGUUCACUAUUGGACACGUAGCUAGUACACAUUGUAGAUGUAAAAUGUUGCUGUUUCUGUUGGACCUCCUCUAAUCCAUCAUCAGUCCAUCAUGUAGCCUAAGCUGUUUAAAAACCCCAACAGCACUGCUGUGUCUGACCUAUAUGUACCUAUUUAACACAUACCAACACACUACCACCAUGUCGGUGUCACUGCAGUGAUUAGAAUGGUCGUCCUAUGGUUUCUGACAGUUAAAGAACAGGGUGAAAGGAAGAUAAAGUAUGCAGAAAAAAGCAGAAGGACUACAGUUUGUAAUCAUAGAACAAAAAUGCUCCUACAUGGUUAGUGGAGUUAGUAGACUCCUGUAGAAACAGGAAAGUGGGCAUAAUAUUCUAAUAUGACCGUGUAUAUAUCCACAUAGACACACUCGGAUUCAAUUAUGAAGCAGAUCAGUCAUUGUAAUAUACAUUUUCAAUAAAUCUUGACUUUGUUAGA